GAACAAACGCUUUGAGGGAACAAACGGUUUUCGAUGAGAACAGAAUGCUUUGAUCUGCGAAUGGAACACUGAAUGGUUUGAACAGAACGGUUUGAUAUGGAUACGGAACGGUUCACAUCGUGAGCAGAACAGUACGGUUCAAAUGGUGUAGUAGUACACUUCAAGGUUUGUAGUAAUGAUGUCACUUUGAACUUAAACACAAGAUAUACAUACAUUGUCUGGAUAACUUCGAAAUUUCUUUUAUCAUGUUAUGGAUAUAUAUACUCAUAUCAAUACUUUCUGCUUCGCUCUCAAACACGGUCACGCCAUAAGACACAUACCGUUUGUAUGGUACAUAGAAUCACCGAAAUUACCGCUAAUCACCGAAAUUACCAAAGAAAGGACCAAAAUUACCAAUAGAGGGGCCGAAAUUACCUCAGUGUAUGUUCAACUAGAUGCCAUCUAGUCACACAUAGAAUUUCAUGAAGAUGGGUAACGAUUUGAAGGAGUUGUGGCUAUUAAACCUAUUAAUGUAAGCGUAAAUUUUAUAAGAGUUAUCUCCCUUUACAUACCUCUCGUACACAGAUGCGAUACAAUUUAUUUCAUGCGCGGUUGUUUGAAUGCAAUGCACUGAUAAUGUGUUGAGAUCUAUUUAAAUACAUGUAUUGUUGUAAUAGUUUCAUUUGUUUUCAUUUCAUUCUUGAUGACCUCCUACUAUAUAUCGAAAUUGAAAUAUAAUUAUUUUAGGAGAGGGUGUCUGUACUCCAAUUACGUGGAUUUUUUAUUCUAAAAUUUUGAUGAUUGGUAAUACAUAUCACAUAGGGAAAAAAACUUGCAUUUUUUGGAUUGAACAUUAUCUUUUUAGUAUUCUUUCCUUGUUUUACUUUAGAGCCCAUUGAUAUUUUUUAUAGUACUUGCAUCUUUAGAAAUAUGUAACUGCAUGCUUAACAUCAAAUGGUCAUGAUCAGCUUGGUGGAUUCUAGGAUUUUGAAUGGAUCUCAAUAUAUCGUUACCAAACUGGAGAAGGAGGAUCGUCAUGUGUGAAAAAGAAUUUACAUCUAUUUACCAUAUAUGAAUGCCGAAAUAUUUUACUAUCUAAUCAUUGGGUUACAGAUUAGAAUUUAAACUGCCAGUAGUAAAAGACACAGAUAUAAUGUGAGUUAACAGUUACGGGUAUCCUUAAUCUAGGUUUUCUUAUUUGUUACGGACAUCGCUUUUUACAGUUACCCUACCCUCAUCACUCUGGGUUUUUUUUUGGUACCGUGGAUUUCUUCAUAAAGGGAUUGAAGUAAGGUAAAAACUGCUGUGUAUUUUAUUUCUAUAUAUAAUAACACAUCAAUGAAAAUAUAAAACACGAGAGAUAAAUAAACGAUAAUUUUCAGCUGAGUUAGUGUCAACCAUCUUUGGAUGUCCGUAACUGCAGUUCAGCCAUUCUCCAGAAAUGGUUCCCAAACUAGGCUGUCGCAGGCAGGGUUUUUAUCAGCAUUUUUCAUCACACAUGUGAUAUUAAUUGCGUAAAAUGUAUUUGAAAAAGCCAUGCCAUUUAGUGAUAUACCUGGAUUUUCUGGAAUUGGCUUACGUUGAGACGUACACAGGAACUUUAUUAUUGUUUUUUCUUUUGCGGCAGUUGCGAUGUCACGUUUUGAUGCAUGACUUCCGUUAUGCACUUUUCCAUAAAAUACACCGAUUAUGAUGGAAAAUAAUCAUCGAUAUUGUUACCAGGGUUGCAUACGCUGAUGAAAACGCAUUUUUAAUUAGGAAAUAAUGGGUAAAUGUAACAGCAAACGGGAAAAAAAAAUCAUCGGAAAUACAAGUGUAUUUGUAUAUCAUUGUACCAGGAAGAAGGAAAAUGCAACGGACUAGACCGGGAUUCGAACCCGGGCCCUCUGAAUCUCUAGUCAGGUGCUCUACCAACUGAGCUAUCUGGCCAUCGGCGAUCGAACCCGGCUGACCGCUACAUUCCUCCCUCCUUAAAUGUCUUCACACCUGAAGACAUCAACCCAGGAUCUUUAUCCCCUGGCAGACAUUUUCACCUGUCAGUUCCAGGGGCUGGUCUACGGCACCAAAUGUAACAGGAAGGGGGAAAAUGCAACGGACCAGACCAGGAUUCGAACCCGGGCCCCCUGAAUCUCUAGUCAGGUGCUCUACCAACUGAGCUAUCUGGCCAUCAGCGAUCGAACCCGUCUGACCGCUACAUCAUUAAGGAAUACUAAGUGAUGAAGGUUUAAUGUUUUAUUAAAUAUUGCGAGACAUCUGGUCGAGUGGUCGUUUUAAAUUUUCAAGAGUAUUCUCGAAUGAUUUGCGAUACGAUUUUGAGCACAAUGAAUUUCUAAUCUAAAUCUAAACCUUACGGAUAUGUGUACGAGAGUUGGGUAAAGGGAAGUAACUCAGAUUCACACUUCACAAUAAUCGGUUUUAUGGAAACAAUUCCUUCAAAUCAUCACCAAUCUUCAUGAAAUUUGAUGCAUGACUAGAUGGUAUAUAGAUGAACAUAUACUGAGGUAAUUUCGGUCCCUUUAAUGGUAAUUUUGGUCUUUUUUUUUUUUGGUGGUAAUUUCAGUGAUUAGCGGUAAUUUCGGUGAUUCUAUGCACCCUCGUUUGGAUGUUAAUCAGGUUGGGAACACUUCCCCAUUCGCGAGAUAUUCUCGCUAAAACGCGAUUAUCCCUCUCUAGCGAGAAUAAAUAUAUCGCGUACAACAGAGAAGAACACCCGCGGAGUACAUCUUUUCGUGAUUCACGUGAAAAGAAGAAAAAGUGCUAAAAUGUUUGAUACUUCUGCAAAUAUAUGAAUCAAAAUAAAAACACUCGUGAUGUGUAUUGGAUUUCAGACUGCUUCCCUCUUACGCAGCAACUUUGAUAUGCAAUUUCAUUACUAUGUUGUCAAUUUCAUAGAAACAAUUCGCAUCAUGUUGAGUGCGUGUCGCACUUAUUCAGCGUUGCACGGGAUUUGCCAUUAUUUUCAAUAAAGACGCCAAAACUCCUGUUUAUGGUAAUGUUUAUUUCUCGCUAAAGAGGGAUAAUCGCGUUUUAGCGAGAAUAUCUCGCUAUAGGGGAAGUGUUCCCAACCUGUUAAUAGGUGUUUUAUAGCACAAGAGGAGUUUUAUAAAUAAUUAGUAUUUUUAAGUGGGUGGAUAAUUUUCUUUCUAAUUUACGGUCAUACUGUGUAUAUGCAUUAUUCAAAAGCCAUGACCCAAGUAACGUAUCAGAGACUGAGCUGCAGUGCACACACUGAAACUGCCGAUGUGAAACGGUCAUGGAAAUGUUAGUACAUAGAAAUAUCCUGGUCACAGCAUAAACUUUUAAAGUAUGAAUAUUAGUUACCAUUCACUAUUAGGCUUCCUCAACGCAAUAUUCACUGCAAAACUAUACAACACUCGUAACCUGAAGAACUAACCAGGCUAAGUUGCAUGCAUUUUUCAUAUUAGCCGCCAUAUUGGGAAAAUUUUGCCGCAUAUAGCAACAAGAAAUUGUAAACAUUUAUUAAGUAAACUUCGACUAGAAUAUUACAAACAAAAGCAGUUUGAAGCUUUGAUAAGUAUUAUUGCAUACUGGUUGUCUGAAAUUAGAUUAUUCGAUAUCAGUCGUUAUUUUCACUUCACCUUAUAACAUAAGCGGACUUUGUCAUUGACGAAAGUGAAAGUAGACAUACUUGUUGCUGAAAGCAAAGACGUAAAGGGAGACUGCGAGUGUCGAAGGAUUUUUUUAUGACUGACAUCAGUAAGCUAUUAUUGUAGUAUGGCUACUCUUCGCAGAUAUCCAGUGAUGAUUAGACAAUGCUGCUUCCUCAACAUAAGUAACAGAUGGAUUUCCUUGGGAAUGGUUUCAAAUAGCAGUAGCAUGCAAAAGAAAUUAACUGAUCACCAGCAGACAAUUCAAUAUGAAAUUACAUCACAGAACAGAAGAGGUUUCCGAUCACUUAUCGACAAUGUAUCAAAUAGAAUCAGUAACGUAACCAGUAGUGUCUGGAGAGGUAAUACUGGACUGGUGCUAGACGGAAUAACAGGCUUGAGACACUGUCCAUACCCAGCACUGGUAUUGGGUACUGCAGGACUUCUUCCUUUUGUAGGAGCCCCAGGCCUAAUGAUGCUGAUAGGCCAAUCAUCCAUAGCAUUCUUAGCGAAUGCCCAGAUGGUGUAUGGAGCCUGUAUUUUGUCUUUCCUUGGUGGAGUAAGAUGGGGAUUCGGUGUUUGUGAGGGGAAGACAACUCCGGCAGAAUGGGACAACAUGAGGAACAUGACAAUCAGCAUUGUCCCGUCUUUGGUGGCUUUUAGUGCUGUCUUGUGUCCUGAGCCAGCCUCACAAAUCUUAAUCAUGUUGGGGCUCACUGGCGUUGGAUGUCAUGAUGCAGUGACUGGAUCUUAUCCAGCUUGGUUUAGGGGAUUAAGGAUGCUUCUGACCUUUGUGGCAGUUAGCAGUUUUAUUCUAACAUUUUCCUGUAAAUCACGACUUCAAUCAACAGAUUCUCCCAAAGACAAUGAAACUUCAGAAGAAACAGAAUCAGCAACACAGGUGUCAGAAAAAGAAGCAUAGUUUUUGUAAUUUUAAAAAAUUUAACUUUGAAUACAGUUAAUGAAAAUAAAUUCAUAAUGCAUGUACAUGUGUACUGUAUGUGUACAAAUAUUUACAAUAUAUCAAAUGUACCUUUAUAGUACACAUAUUUGAAUUGGAUUUGUAUAUAGUAAGUUGUUGUGUUUGAAUAAACAGUUAUAAAACUUUCUUUCAAAACACU